CUCAUAUUUUUAUUCCGUAAGAUCAUUGAGCAUUAGAACAAAUAAGCUCCAGGAUGUUUUCCAAAAAAAAAAAAAAGCUCCUGGACUACCACCAUUGUUUGAGACAUAGUAAUAGUUUUGCUUUUAACUCUUUAUUUUGUUCUUAUAUAUAAGAUACUCUAUCUGAAAAUAUUGCUAUUAUUUUUAUUUAAUUUGCAAGAAGCCUGAGAGAUCAGUUCUUUUUUAAAAAUAAAAUUUGUUGGGGUCAUAAAUAACUCAUAACUUAAAUUCUUUUUUAAAAACUUAUAAAUUCUGCUAAUUUGAGUUCCCCUGGUUGGUGAGUGAUCUAUUCGCAUAUCCUCAAAAAGACACAGCUCAACAUUGCUAGUUGGUUCAAGAAUUCUACUCAUAACAUUUUCUAGUGCAAAUUUUUUGUACAAAAUCAUUGUGGUUUUGAGAUAUCAAAGAAAGAAAAGGGUGAUUAUGAAAUUUGGGAAAGAAUUUAGCAUCCAUUUAGAAGAAACCCUACCUGAAUGGAGAGACAAAUACUUGUGUUACAAGCCUUUGAAGAAGCUUCUCAAACACAUUCCUCCUUCUUCCGUCGCCGAUAAUCCUCCUCCUCCUGCUCCUCCGCCGGUGCCGGCAGAGCUGCAGGAUUGGUUUAUUAGAAUUCUCAAUGAGGAACUCGAAAAGUUCAACGAUUUCUACGUCGAUAAAGAAGAAGACUUCAUUAUCCGCUUUCAGGAGCUGAAGGAAAGAAUAGAACGUGUGAAGGAGAAGGGUGGCCAAGAUGGAGUUCUUGCAACAGACAAUGAAUUCAGUGAAGAAAUGAUGAGCAUCCGUAAAGACUUUGUUUCCAUACAUGGGGAGAUGGUUCUUCUGAAAAAUUAUAGCUCAUUAAAUUUUGCAGGACUUGUUAAGAUCUUGAAGAAGUAUGACAAACGAACUGGGGGAUUGCUGCGUCUGCCUUUUACACAGGUUGCUCUUCAUCAGCCGAUCUUUACUACGGAGCCUCUAACGAGACUAGUCCGUGAGUGUGAGGAUAAUCUUGAGGUCCUAUUUCCUUUGGAAGCAGAAGUUGUUGAAUUAGCUGCCCCUGCAGGUGAACAGGUGGGAGCAACUUCAUCUUAUGCUUCCAAUGUUCUCCCAGAUACAACAUUUCCACCGGUGGAAGAAAAUGGGGAUAUAUACAGAAGCACACUAGCUGCAAUAAAAGCCAUUCAGGGACUAAAGAAGGCAAGCUCAACAUAUAACCCGCUGUCAUUUUCAUCUAUUUCUGGAAACCAAGAUAAUGACAGCCCAGGUGCUAUAACAGCAGAAGACUCCGAUUCUGACUCAUUGGUUGCCUCUCAGAGUGGUGAUGAGAAGAAUCAGGAGGUUUCCAGUUCACCAAAAUAGAGUUUAACCCAUUUUCUUAUGUUCAUUAGAGUAUAGUGCUGAAACUGUGCUCUCUCUACGUUGUGUGCUAUAGUUCUGCAUAAUUGCUUACCCAAUUAAUAAUAUUAGGAAUAAACUUAGCAUGUUCUGGCAAUCACAAAAGCUUGAUGUCCAUCUACAAGUGCCUAUUUCUUUUGCAAUUUGAGAUGGCGCAACAAUUUUUAAGCCUUGUAUUCUGCCUUGGCCCUUGAGAGUGAAAUUGUUUAACCUAUGCA